CCGGAGCGAGAGGCGGCGGCGGCGGAGCAGCGAACGCAGAGCCGGCAGCACCAUGGUGGACUACCACGCGGCGAACCAGCCCUACCAGUACGGCCCCAGCAGCGGCGGCGGCGGUGGCAACGGCGGUGGCGGCGGCGUCGGCGACUACAUGGCCCAGGAAGACGACUGGGAUCGCGACCUGCUGCUCGACCCGGCCUGGGAGAAGCAGCAGCGCAAGACCUUCACAGCAUGGUGUAACUCUCAUUUGCGGAAAGCUGGCACCCAGAUCGAGAAUAUUGAUGAGGAUUUUAGAGAUGGACUCAAACUCAUGCUCCUCUUAGAGGUUAUUUCAGGGGAACGGUUGCCUAAACCUGAGCGAGGGAAGAUGAGGGUACACAAAAUUAACAAUGUGAACAAAGCCUUGGACUUCAUUGCAAGCAAAGGUGUCAAGCUGGUCUCCAUAGGAGCUGAAGAGAUUGUCGAUGGCAAUGCAAAGAUGACAUUGGGAAUGAUUUGGACCAUUAUUCUUCGAUUCGCCAUCCAGGACAUCUCAGUGGAAGAGACCUCUGCCAAGGAGGGUCUCCUUCUCUGGUGCCAGAGAAAGACAGCCCCAUAUAAGAAUGUCAAUGUGCAGAACUUCCAUAUCAGUUGGAAGGAUGGACUGGCUUUCAAUGCCCUGAUCCAUAGGCACAGGCCAGAGCUGAUAGAAUAUGACAAACUGCGAAAGGAUGACCCUGUGACAAACCUGAAUAAUGCUUUUGAAGUUGCUGAGAAGUAUCUAGAUAUCCCCAAGAUGUUGGAUGCUGAGGACAUCGUGAACACAGCCCGUCCUGAUGAGAAGGCCAUUAUGACCUAUGUGUCCAGCUUCUACCAUGCCUUUUCGGGAGCGCAGAAGGCCGAGACUGCUGCUAACAGGAUCUGCAAGGUGCUGGCCGUCAACCAGGAGAAUGAGCACCUGAUGGAGGAUUAUGAGAAGCUGGCUAGUGAUCUGCUAGAGUGGAUCCGGCGGACCAUUCCUUGGCUAGAAGACCGUGUGCCUCAGAAGACCAUCCAAGAGAUGCAGCAGAAGCUUGAAGACUUCCGUGAUUACCGGCGGGUGCACAAACCCCCCAAAGUUCAGGAGAAAUGUCAGUUGGAGAUCAACUUCAAUACUUUGCAGACCAAACUCCGUCUGAGUAAUCGCCCUGCCUUCAUGCCCUCCGAGGGGAAGAUGGUGUCAGACAUCAGCAAUUGCUGGCAGCACCUGGAGCAGGCGGAGAAGGGCUUUGAAGAGUGGCUGCUCAAUGUUAUUCGGCGGCUGGAACGGCUGGAUCACCUGGGAGAGAAGUUUGGGCAGAAAGCCUCUAUUCAUGAAGCAUGGACUGAUGGUAAGGAGGCCAUGCUGAAACAGAAGGACUAUGAGACAGCCACCCUGUCCGACAUCAAAGCCCUCAUCAGGAAACAUGAGGCCUUUGAGAGCGACCUGGCAGCCCAUCAGGACCGUGUGGAACAAAUUGCUGCCAUUGCCCAGGAGCUGAAUGAACUGGACUAUUACGAUUCCCCAAGUGUCAAUACUCGGUGCCAGAAGAUUUGUGACCAGUGGGAUGCACUUGGCUCACUGACCCACAGUCGAAGAGAAGCUCUUGAGAAAACUGAGAAACAGCUUGAAACAAUUGACCAGCUACACCUGGAAUACGCCAAGCGUGCAGCCCCAUUCAACAACUGGAUGGAGAGUGCAAUGGAGGACUUGCAAGACAUGUUCAUUGUCCACACCAUUGAGGAGAUUGAGGGCCUAAUUGCAGCCCACGACCAAUUCAAGUCCACCCUGCCGGAUGCUGACAAGGAGCGGGAGGCUAUCCUAGCCAUUCAUGGGGAAGCCCAAAAGAUUGCUGAAUGUAACCAUAUCAAGCUGUUGGGGAGCAACCCCUAUACCACCGUGACCCCCCAGAUCAUCAACUCUAAGUGGGAGAAGGUUCAGCAGCUUGUGCCAAAGCGGGAUGAUGCCCUGCUGGAGGAGCAAAGCAAGCAGCAGUCCAAUGAGCGCCUCCGCCGCCAGUUUGCCAGCCAGGCCAACAUUGUGGGCCCGUGGAUCCAGACCAAGAUGGAGGAAAUUGGGCGCAUCUCCAUUGAGAUGAAUGGCACCCUGGAGGACCAGCUGAACCACCUAAAGCAAUAUGAGCAGAGCAUUGUAGACUACAAGCCCAAUCUGGAUCUCCUCGAACAGCAGCACCAGCUCAUCCAGGAGGCCCUCAUUUUUGACAACAAACACACUAACUACACAAUGGAGCAUAUCCGUGUGGGCUGGGAGCAGCUCCUCACCACCAUUGUCAGAACCAUCAAUGAGGUGGAGAACCAGAUCUUGACCCGAGAUGCCAAGGGCAUCAGUCAGGAACAGAUGCAAGAGUUCCGGGCAUCCUUCAACCACUUUGAUAAAGAUCACGGCGGGGCGCUGGGGCCUGAGGAGUUCAAAGCAUGUCUCAUCAGCCUGGGCUACGAUGUGGAAAAUGAUCGACAGAAGCAAACUGGCAGCAUGGACGCAGAUGACUUCCGAGCUCUGCUUAUCUCCACAGGAUACAGCCUGGGUGAUGCUGAAUUCAAUCGCAUCAUGAGUGUUGUGGACCCCAACAACAGUGGCAUCGUGACAUUCCAGGCCUUCAUUGACUUCAUGUCCCGAGAGACCACUGAUACAGACACGGCUGACCAAGUCAUUGCUUCCUUCAAGGUCCUGGCUGGAGAUAAGAACUUCAUCACAGCUGAGGAGCUUCGGCGAGAGCUGCCCCCAGACCAAGCCGAGUACUGCAUUGCUCGAAUGGCUCCAUACCAGGGCCCAGAUGCUGCUCCUGGAGCCUUGGACUACAAAUCCUUCUCCACAGCCCUGUAUGGCGAGAGUGACCUGUGAGCCAUCUGCUCUCCCUACCCCUGCCGCCCCCUCACUGAGGAGACACAGUGACCAAACCACCUUCCCCAACCUCCAGCUCUGGGGAGCCCCCCUUCUUCCUCUAGGGGGCGGGCGGCCUGCUAUAGUCCAGUUUUCUCUGACCUGAUCAGGUAUCUAUGCAAAGUUUUCUCUCUCUCUCUUUUUCUCUUUUGAUCUUUUUUUGUGGGAGGGGGGAAAGGGGCAGGAUCUCUCUUCUCUCUUAGUUGAUUGACCAGGAGUUCCCCAGCCUGGGGCAGGGGGAAUGCUGAAGGGGGAGUUUCGAGUAAAUCAUUUCUGGUCUGUUAUAAAUAUAUAUAAUAUAUAUAUUUUUUAAACUAAGCUGAGGUGAUACUCUCAUGGAAUGAAGACUGGCCUCCCUCCCCAAGCUGCACAGCAUCACGCUAACAUGUCUCCUCAGCCACACUGUCACCUCUUGGCGCUCACCCCAACACGUGCACACAUACAUACACACACACACACACA